AUGAAAAGGCGCCCGGGGUGGUUGGCGGAUGGGGCGGACGGCAGAGGACGAGCUAUGGCGACUCGAGGCAGUCAUCCACAGCGGGAGAAUGGACGAAGUCAGACAGAUUUGUUAAUCAUCCCCGUGUUACUCUUGUUCCUCCCAGGCAUGACGGGUGCAUCAUGCUGUUACCUUGCGAAGAAUAACUUAAUGUGUCAUGAUGUUUGUGAACUGAUUUUGGCAUCUAAGAGUGAUUCACAUUUGAAACACCUGUUGCAACGUGCUCCUGAAUAUUGUCCAGAAUCUAUGAGAGAGGUUUGGGGCUGUAUAAAUUCCUCUUUGCCAGGUGUUUUGAAAAAAUCUGAUGGCUGGGUUGGCUUAGGGUGCUGUGAAUUAGCCAUUGCAAUAGAAUGUCGACAAGCAUGUAAACAGGCAUCUUCAAAAAACGAUAUCUUGAAAAUUUGCAGGAAAGAAUAUGAGAACACUCUUUUUAGUUGUAUUAACAAAAAUGAAAUGGGAUCAGUUUGUUGUAAUUAUGCUGGCCAUCAAACAAAUUGCUGGGAAUACUGUCAAGCAAUCUUUCGAACAGAUACUUCUCCAGGCCCUUCCCAGAUAAAGACACUUGAAAAUUACUGUGUUUCUGUGAGCCCAAUGCUACUGAAUUGUGUGAAUAACUAUACACAGUCAUAUCCAAUGAGAAACUCAACAGAUAGUUUAUACUGUUGUGAUAGAGCAGAAGAUCAUGUUUGCCAAACAGCUUGUAAAAGGAUACUGAUGUCAAUGAAAACAGAACAUGAAAUUGUGGAUGGACUUAUUGAAAGUUGUAAAACAAUGCCUCUUCCACAGGAUCCUCUUUGGCAAUGUUUCUUGGAGAGCUCAAGAUCUGUUCAUCCUGGAGUGACACUGCAUCCACCACCUUCAACAGUUCUGGACAGUGCUAAGUUGCACUGUUGUUCCAAAGCAAAUACUUCUUUGUGCAGAGAUGUAUGCACUAAACUUUAUACAAGCAGCAGGGGCAAUACACAAAGCUGGCAAGAAUUUGAUCGUUUUUGUGAAUAUAAUCCUGUUGAAGUUUCAAUGUUGACUUGCUUAGCAGAUGUACGUGAACCUUGUCAGCUGGGCUGUAGAAAUCUAACUUUCUGCACUAAUUUUAAUAACAGGCCUACUGAACUCUUCAGGAGCUGCAAUGCCCAGUCAGAUCAAGGAGCUAUGAAUGAUAUGAGACUUUGGGAAAAAGGAAGCAUUAAGAUGCCUUUUAUAAAUAUACCUGUACUUGAUAUUAAGAAAUGCCAACCAGAAAUGUGGAAGGCAGUUGCUUGUUCACUGCAAAUUAAACCGUGUCAUAGUAAAUCUAGAGGAAGUAUUAUUUGCAAGUCAGAUUGUGUAGAAAUUCUCAAAAAAUGUGGAGACUUAAGCAAAUUUCCUGAGGGACAUAUGGCUGAAAGCAUCUGUGAACUUUUAUCUCCAGCUGAUGAUUUGGAGACUUGCAUACCUUUAGAUACCUACCUUCGUCCAAGUACAUUGGAUAAUAUUGUAGAAGAUGUUACACAUCCCUGUAACCCAAAUCCCUGUGCUGCAAAUCAGUUGUGUGAAGUAAACAGAAAGGGAUGUCAGCCUCUUGAACCUUGUCUUCCCUAUUUUUGUAUUCAGGGCUGCAAAUUGGGUGAAGCCUCUGAUUUUAUUGUCCGUCAAGGUACACUCAUCCAAGUACCAUCUUCUGUUGGAGAUGUCGGUUGCUAUAAAAUCUGCACAUGUGGCCAGAAUGGUUUGUUAGAAAACUGUAUGGAAAUGCAUUGUAUUGAUCUCCAAAAGUCAUGCAUUGUUGGAGGGCAAAGAAAAAGCCAUGGAACAUCUUUUAAUAUAGACUGCAAUGUCUGUUCAUGUUUUUCUGGGAAUUUGAUAUGCUCCACUCGUCAGUGUCUCAAUGAAUUAAGUUCAGAUGAUGAACUAUUUACAGGUCUGCCAUGUAACUGCGCUGAUCAGUUUGUCCCAGUAUGUGGGCAGAAUGGACGUACAUAUCCAAGUGCAUGUAUAGCACGUUGUGUUGGGCUACAUGAUAAUCAGUUUGAAUUUGGGUCCUGCAUUUCUAAGGAUCCUUGCAACUCUAAUCCCUGCCCCAAAAAUCAGAGAUGUUUACCAAAGCCACAGGUUUGUUUAACAAGUUUUGAGAACUUUGGAUGUAACCAAUAUGAAUGUGUGCCAAGACAAUUUAGUUGUGGUGACCAGUUGCGAGAUCCUGUUUGUGACACAGACAAUAUAGAAUAUAAUAAUCUCUGUGCUCUGCAUCAAAAAGGAAAAAUUAUAUCAUACAAAGGUCCAUGUCAGUCCUUUUGCAAAUCAGUAGAUUUGGUAUGUGGCCAUAACGGGGAAACUUAUAGCAACGUCUGUGCUGCUUUUUCUGAUCGUGUGGCUGUUGAUUACAAUGGACUUUGUCAAGCUGUGGGAGUCCUUUCUGACUACAGUUAUCAAGGAGAAUGUGUAUCUGUUACAUGUUCCCGUCUUUCAGCAACAGGAUACAAGCCAGUUAUCCCACCAGGAGCUUGUUGUCCUUUGUAUGCAGGAAUAUUGAGGGUCUUAUAUGACAAAGAAAAAUUGGAUACUUUUGCCAGGAUAACCAACCAAAAGCCUAUCACAGUCCUUGAAAUACUUCAAAAGAUCCGUCUCCAUGUUUCGGUACCACAGUGUGAUGUGUUUGGAUACUUCAGCAUAGAAUCUGAACUUAUAAUUCUUAUUAUUCCCGUUGAUCAGAAUCCUAAGCCUCUUCAGAUUGAAGCAUGCAAUAAAGAAGCAGAAAAGAUAGAAUCACUGAUCAACUCUGACAGUCCUGCUUUAGCAUCCCAUGUACCUCUCUCAGCGCUUAUUGCAGCCCAGGUGGAAGUGUCAUUCAAGAUGUCUUCGUCUCAUAGUCAAAUUAUAUUAGCAAACUAUUUGGUCUUUUGGAACCUUGUGCUAAUUUUUUUAGCCAUCAAGUGUAAUACAUAGUAAAAAAAAUAUUCAAGUAGACUUUAAUAUUUAUUUUGCGAAAGACAUUCAAAUCUAGUGAAGUAACAAUGUCAUAAUUUGUGGACCUACUUGUAGGCCCACAAGGAUUGCUUCACAGAAUUCCAACUGUACAUUUUAAUUACAAAAUUGGGUUAUUAUUUGCCAUUAACUUAAUCUUUAAUAUACCGUAAAAUAGCAAAUAAACAGUGCUGUACAAUAUAACAAGUCCUGAAUAUAACAAAAAUUUUCAGUGAUGAAAGUAGCAUAAAAUAUCACUGUGGUGUUUCUGUAUACACACUCAUUUCUUUUAGCCUUCUUCAGUUAGGUUUGUUUGGAAAUAUCUAUUGUAAGGUUUUUGAAUGUCCUGGCAAGGGAAGUUAAACUGGCUUCAGACCUAAAUGGAAAUGGAAAAUAAUUUUUAGUCAGAUAGCUUGCUGUUAUUGUGGGUCUUGUAAUUUCAUAGGGGUAUGUUCAAUUAGUUUUUAAAAUCAUAGCUUUAGUGUUUUAACCAUCUUUGAUCAUUAGAUGCCUUAAUGCAAUAAUUUUAGUGGCAAAGUAAGAUAUAAAUUAAAUCAAUAAAUUAUUAAGUACUGUUGGAUAUUUUAAACUUACAAUAUUAACAGAUUAAAUGAGUGAAUAUUUACACUCAUUAACGGAUAUAACUCUAGCAUACAUUUU